AUGAUGAAGCAAUCAAAUGCCUAAGCAUCUAACUCAAAUUGCAAUAUAAAGGUAGCCAUUAGAGUAAGGCCUUUAAUUGAAUCUGAAUUGAAUAAAGGCCAUAGAACCACAAGACUUAAAUUAAAUGAUAAAGAUAAUGUUAUUAGGUUAUUUUCUCCUCCAGUCAAUGGGUAUUUCAACUCGAGUAACAAUAAGCAUGAGGAAAAAUAAUAUCAAUUUGACAAAGUUUUUGGACAAGCAUCCUAUCAAAAGUAGAUAUUUGAUUAGUUACAGGUCAAUUAUCUUGUAAAAAAAGUUAUCGAGGGUUAUAAUUCUACAAUAUUCGUUUAUGGCCAAACAGGCUCGGGGAAAACUUACACUAUGGAGGGAUAUGAGUAUGCAAAUCUGGAUGAAUUUUCUUCCAGUAGCAGAUCGACAAAUCACUUGACUCCAAUUAUUGCCGAUAAUGAGAAUGUGGGAGUAGCUAUUCGCACCAUUAGAGAAUUUUACAAACAGAGAGGAAAACUUAAAGAUCAUUUGAGAGAUAGGUUUCGUUUCUACGUCUCGUUCUUUUAAAUAUACAAUGAAAAGAUUUAUGACUUACUAAACUUUGAUAAAGCCCGUGGUAGUGGAGCAGGUAAAAGAUAUAUUCAAAACUAAGCUGAUUUAAAAGUAAGAUAGAAUUAAAAAUAAGAAUUCCAAGUCGAAAAUCUCUACCUAUUUGAAUGUAAUGAUGACAAGGAAGCAGUCACUUUAUUUAAUCAAGGGAUUAAAAAUAAGAUAGUAUCAUCUCAUAGCAUGAAUCAUGCUUCAAGUAGAUCACACUGUAUUUUUAGUAUUUAAGUUGAUCAAGUAUCCUAUGAAACAACUGAUGAUGAUUAUAGUGAUGGUUAGCCUAAAGUUCUGACUUCUUCAAAAAUGUUUCUAGUAGAUUUAGCAGGAAGUGAAAGAAUGUCAAUAUAGGAUAUUAAUGAUAAACAGUCUUAAAAAGAGACCAUAGGAAUUAAUAAAUCUCUAAUGAUCCUUAGGAAAUGUAUGGGAGCAUUAGAAACAAACAGUAAUGACAACAAUUCAACCUAAAAGCAUGUUCCUUAUCGUGAGUGCAAACUAACUUCUAUCUUAAGAUAAAGUCUAGGUGGCAAUGCAUACUGUCUUAUGAUUGCUUGUAUCUCUCCGAGUGAUGAAAAUUUUGAUGAAAAUAUGUAAACUUUGAACUAUGCCAUGAAGACUAACAAUAUUAAGAAUAAACCCAUUAAGAACGUAGAUCAAAAUAUGCUUCUCAUUGAAAGGCUAAAGUAAAGAAAUAAAUCGUUGACUAAGGACCUAUAAAAAUAGAAAAGAAGGAAUAAUUUUGGCCAAAACAAUUUGAAUAGCACCUUUAUAUCCUCAGAUUAUAAUGACUAUAAGACAUAAUCAGUAAAUAGCAUAAGAAAACUUUAUAAAAAUAUAAAGAAGGAGCACAACUAUGACUCAAUAAUCUCAAACUAAAGAGAGAGUAAAUUAAAUUAAAGCAGGUCUUACAUUAAUGAAACAGAUUCGAAUAAAAUGAUUGAAGAGAUAUCUAAAGCUAUAUAAAAUGGAUAGAAGAUGUCAAGCACUACAAUUAAUUUACUGUAAGAGUUAUUAAAGAAAAACAAAGAGAUAUAAGUUGUAAGGGAUAGUCUUAGCAGGAUUAACAUGUCUUUAGAUGAUAAAAUGAUAUUGAGAAGUUAGAUUGAUUAACUUAAGAAGGAAAACUAAGAUUUGAAAUUGAAACUCGUGAUAUCGUAUAAUAAGGGUUCAUAAGAAAAAAUUGGUUCGACUAUCGAAAGUGAUGCAGUUGAGACCUAAGCUUCAUCCAUAUUUGAUAGGAAAGUGAAUUCACGAUUAACUAUGAACAAUUUAAAUAAGGCAUUAAACAAUACCUUGACGUUACCUGAGUUAAACAGAUCAUAUAUUAAUGAAAUAGAUGAGUCCGAGGUCUUAAAAAGUACAACUACUCCAAGUGAAAUGCUCAAAAGAUCGUUUAUCAAGGAUGAGUUGGAUAUAUUUCAGAAGAAAAUGAAUUUCCUUCAAAUACCAAUGGAUCGAGAAAAAUCAAGAAAUAAUCUCAAAUAAAAUCUAACUCCAGAUCAUACAUAAAUAAAACUAAAGAAUUCAAAUUAAUACUAGGAACUUCAAAACUAAAUAAAAUAAAAUGCUGAGGAAAUAUAGGAUCUAAAACGAUUUCUAAAAUGA